AUGGAAUGUCCAACCGAUGUUAUAAUUAAAAAAGAAAAAGACGAUUUUCAAUUCGAAAAUGAAGAAGGACUUUUAGAAGUGAACUACGAUGUAAAAAUUGAAAGUUGCACACUGUUUAACGAUGUCGACUGGUGUAUUGAGAACACCGCUCUUUUGGAGGAGAUUGGAAAACAAUUUCAUGAAACGGUAAAUGAUGAGAAGACUCUGCAAGAGUGUCGACUGUGUGGCCAAAAUUUUCCAGAUAGGUGUCGAUGA